CCUGUAAACAAAUGCUAUAGCAAAAAUGAUAGCUUCUAUUAUCCUUUGGCUCAACCCCAUCCCACUCCACGGUAACUGGUACCUUUUUUAUGCCGUACUCACUGGAAGCACUUGGAAGGACUGUAGCCCACUGCCUCACAUGAGCCACAAGUAGCACGACCCAUGAUUUUUCCUUUUCCUUGCUGUGCUCUUUAACUCUUUGGCGGGGAGGGGGAGCUGAAAUAUUUCGGCUACCUUAUUUCAGGUUGCCAUGGCAAUUGACUCACUGCGUGAUACUCUUUUCGGGAAAUGCGAUGGGGGGUGGGCUUUGGCAAGCAUAUAAAGGUCUGGGUAAAUCUAAGUGUCUUUUCCUUCCUCUCUUUUUUUUUGGUUUCCUUCUUUUCUUUACAUUGUUUACUUGUAUACAUACAAUUAUAUCCAUCCAAACUGUUGCUCUCACCGACCAUGACAACACCAAAUGGUGCUGCUGAACCGUCAGCAGUGACACGACAGCGGGUUCCGUCAUACCUACUGACGGGACCACCGUCACCUAUAUCCAUCUCUCCACCGGCAAGCCCAAGUGUUCCCGAAUUCAAUCGACGGCAUUCAAGUGGCACACAAUAUUCUUAUAGACCAUGUCCCAUCUGCGAAGAAAAACUACUUGUUCGUAUUGACGGUUCUCUCGUACACAAGUGGAUUAAUUCGCAUUUCUCAUCACGCCAUCAUGAAUGGCUGCACACCGUAGUCAAUCUGCACGAAAUUUGACGCUACCUUGGUGAUCCUUCCUUCCUCCAUGAUUUUUAAUCAGGUAACCACCGAUUUCUCAGCCAAGGCGAAACACAGAAAAAGGAAAUAUAGGCUUUUGGGCAAAAGACCAAAAAAGUGGGAUUUCAAAAUCCACGGACAAGCAAAGCCCAAAGGAAGAAAAAGAAAAAAAAAAAGAAAAGCUCACGCCAUUUUAAAAAAAAGAUGUAAUAUAGACUUCCUUCAUUUUACCACAUAGCAACCAUUCCC